AUGGCUUCUUCCAGGUCUGUCACUGCGUCUCUGCAGCGUACUCUGGUGAGGCGGAAUCCCAUCAGAGUCACGACUCAGGUCUCACGAAGGUGCUUCCAAACAAAUUCUAUCUUGACUCGCCCCCGCACAGGCUUGAAAUGCCUUCCCCAAGAACGAGCCUUUUCCGUUUCGGUCCCACGAAGGCUGGCAGAUUCUAAUGAUGGCUUUGAUCCCAAGUCCAUUGACCGAGAGAGCGACGAGGUUGAUGUAUGUAUAAUUGGUGGAGGUCCUGCUGGAUUAAGUGCGGCAAUUCGACUGAAGCAAUUGGCAAAUGAAGCUGGAAAUGAGGACUUCCGGGUUUUGCUGCUGGAGAAGGCUGGGGAGAUUGGAGCACAUAUUCUGUCUGGGGCUGUCAUAGAACCCACCGCAAUCAACGAAUUGAUCCCAGACUGGCUGGCAGAAGACAACGAAAGCCGCUUCGAACAUGCUACACCUGCCACAGGCGACAAAAUGAGAUUCCUUACAAAAUCGAGCGCGAUUCCUAUACCUGCACCUCCACAAAUGAAUAAUCAUGGCAAUUACAUUGUUAGUUUGAACCAAUUCACCAAAUGGCUGGGAGACAGUGCAGAGGAGGUUGGAGUUGAAGUAUACCCUGGUUUUGCUGCUUCGGAAGUGCUAUAUAAGCCUGAUGGAUCUGUCAAAGGUGUCGCCACCAACGAUUUAGGGAUCUCGAGACAAGGAAAGCCAAAAGACAACUUCGAGAGAGGCAUGGAAUUCCACGCCAGGAUUACCCUUUUUGCGGAAGGUUGCCAUGGAAGUCUCACAAAACGAAUUAUAAAGAAAUUUGAUCUACGAAGUGAGAGCCAGCCUCAAACUUAUGGACUCGGGAUAAAGGAAGUCUGGGAGGUACAACCGGAAAAGUUCCAAAAGGGUCAGGUCGUGCACUCUUUGGGCUAUCCCCUACCUGCGGAUACGUAUGGCGGGGGCUGGAUGUAUCAUUUUGGUGAUAAUCUUGUGAGCAUCGGUUUGGUUGUUGGACUCGACUACCCCAACCCUUGGCUGUCUCCAUAUGGCGAAUUUCAAAAGAUGAAACACCACCCACUCUACAAAUCUGUUCUUGAAGGUGGCAAAUGCAUCUCUUACGGCGCACGAGCUCUCAACGAAGGUGGAUUCCAAUCGAUACCGAAGGUCGCCUUCCCAGGUGGUGCUUUGAUAGGUGAUACUGCUGGAUUCCUGAAUGUACCCAAAAUCAAGGGCACUCAUACUGCUAUGAAAUCAGGGAUGCUCGCAGCAGAAGCAACCUGGACAGCUCUCGGCAAUACGGAUAGUGGAACAAUAUUCCUCUACGACUACGAAGAUGCGCUUCGAAAGUCAAGUAUCUGGAAAGAGUUGAAGGCAGUUCGCAACAUGCGGCCAUCCUUCCACAGCCCACUCAAGCUCUACGGCGGUAUCAUGUAUUCCGGACUCGAAGCAUACAUUUUGAGGGGCAAAGUCCCUUGGACGCUCAAGCACAAGGGCACAGAUUAUGCUGCUACAAAGCCAGCAGACCAAUGUACGAAAAUCGAAUACGAGAAGCCGGAUGGCAAGAUCAGCUUUGAUAUCUUGACGAGUGUGAGUCGAACAGGAACCAAUCACGAGGAAGAUCAACCUGUGCAUUUGCAAGUCAAAGACUGGGAGAAGCAUGCCCAAAUGGAGUGGCCUAAGUACAAAGGCAUUGAGAAUCGAUUCUGCCCUGCGGGCGUGUAUGAGUAUGUGGAGGAUGAGGCGAAGGAUAUUGGGGUGCGGUUCCAAAUUAAUGCUCAGAAUUGCAUCCAUUGCAAGACCUGUGAUAUCAAGGUCCCCGAUCAGGACAUAAACUGGCAAACGCCACAAGGGGGAGAGGGUCCAAAAUAUUUCAUGACAUAA